AUGAUUUCGAUAUUCAAGGAACGACCAUCGCAUCUGGACCUGCCCGCGGCCUUCAACGUCCUACGCCAUUACGAAAGUAAAGAACAGGACACGGUCAAAACGAAGUCGGGAUUUGCAGACGAAGACGGUCUUGUAACGAAACCACCGGAAGAGGGAAUAGGAUUCCCAGCAUUCUCUGACGUGGAGACGAAACAGAACACCAACUGCCCUCAGGCCAAGCCAAAAUCCACAUGCAGGGCCAAACAGCGAACGGAGAAAAUCGACCAACCCAAGGCCAACACGUACAGCCACAACUUGAAGUUCGCUGGUCGAUAA